GUUGGUCAACUUGACGUCUCACCGCCAACGUUGAUUGUUGCCUGUUCUCAGUCUCGGAUUAUUCAUGCUCAGAUUGGGGACAGAAAGGACGCUGUGAGGAAAGCGCCUCGCGUCUCCGCAAUGGCCAUAUUGCACCCCUCCGAUUAUGCCACGGCUGUCAUCGGUUUUACGUCACAUGUUCACCCUGCCCAGCCCAACAGUUCUCAGUAGGGAUUAGCAACCAGCUGCCUGCUUUUUCGUCAUCUUUAGCACCGUGUCUUUCAUCGGCGGAAGAGAAGACCCAAGGAGGCUAUUCAGCGUACCCGGGAGUGUGCCUGGAAGAGACGGAAGUGGCCGCCCGAGGCGCGCCGGGCAGCACUAGCGGGCGCCCCUUAGAAUAAAAAGCUCGCUGAGGAAAAUCCACUAGGCGGGCGCGACCGGCUUGAGUGAGGUCAGCAAGCGGGCCGGCCAAUGAGCGGUGCGUUUGGGAAGUGCCCGCUCCUGGCGUGCGGCUGAAAGGGGCGGAGAGGCCGAGGUGGAUGCGGUUCCCAACGACGGCUCGGACAUUCCGGCACUAGGCAGGGAGCGCGGAGACGUGGCCCGGGGGGAAGAGAGGGAGAAGAAGAAGAGGACUGGGCUCCUUAGCUUGUUUCCGCUCUGACUUGACGGGGAGAAGGGAGAGAAAGAGAGCGAAGCGGAAGCCUUUUGCCUCUCCCAGGCACACACAGGUGCAAGCCGCGUCCAGCUGCCGGAGGCGAUUAGCGCGCGCUUGGAAAGCUGAGGAGCCCCUGACCCGGGCGCCUGCUCGCCUCGCCUGAGAGGAGGAGGAAGAGGAAGAGGAGGAGGAGGAGAGGGGAAGGGAGGGGGGAUAUAGUUCUCCUCCCUUUGCCUCAGCCUUUUUGGCAGCGCCUCUUCGCCUACUACCACCUGGAGGGCGCGCGCCCCGGUUCAGCCAUCCAGCCAGGUAGGAGUUUCCUUCUCGGCUCGGAGUCUUAAAAAUCUCUCGUUUCGGGGGGGAACCUUUUGGCGCCAGGUUUUGCGCGCCUAGCUCGCGCUCCCCCGUUGGGGCUCUCAAAGUUUCUGGCAAGAAUCACUUCGGGGUCGACGGCGCCAGACGGAGCGGCUUGGCGGAGACGAGUUGUUAAAAAGUCGACCCCGGAACGGAGAAUCCGCGCUCCGAAGCUCCGAGAGUUCCUGAAAGCCGGGAAAAGGACAGCUGGAACGCCCCGUUCGGAACGCUGAACGUCGUUAAAGUCCAGCGCAAAAAAACCCCAGCUCGCCUUUGAGUGCCUGGCGCGUUUUCGCCGGAUUAGCUCGGGAAUCCUUGGGGGUUUCCUUAGGGCAAACACUUUACUCGGUGUCGGUUUGCCGGCGUGGCGUGGCGACGAGGCGUCCAGGUUUAUCUUCCUGCUCCUUCGGUUUAUCCAGGUGUGCCAAGAAAAGAAAGAAAAUGAUUCAAAGAAAAUGACUCCUCUGAUCCUGAUGACCCCCAGUUUUUGUUUCUUCAUUCUCAGUCUUAAAUACUUGGACGGCUUCAUGCAAAAAUGAUGCAGUACUUAACUUGGCAGUGAAAUUCUACAAACAUUCAUUCCCUGACUACCAGGUCUUUUCUUUACUUAUGAUGAUCCUCUCCAUCAUCCAUGGUUUGGAAGACACUGCCUGCAAACACUGCCAAGUGUACCUAAUUCCUGCUUCUUGCUCUCUGAAUAACUCCUCUAAAUUUGUGCUGGGUUCCAUGGUGCAUUUUUAUGAUGUAAAAUGCAUCAUGAGGUGUUCUUCACUUGGAUAAAUUGCAACACCUCUGUGUUUGUCAAAAGAGACAUGCACAGCCCUAAGGUGGAUACAUCUGGUUUGAUCAACUGAAGAAAGCAACCUGGACUUCUUCUCAAAGAAUAUGUCAGAAUGUCACAAUGAUCCCGUCUAGCAACAGCACAAUCCCUUCGUUACUUCUAAAUGUGAGCGGCUUCUGGAUUCGAGACUCACAAAGAAAAGGACUUCCCAAUGAUGCUCCAUUGUUUACUAGCACCUAUGGCCCUUCCCAUGCCAACGAGAGCUUUCUCUUCACUACCAUAGGCAUGAGCAAUGUGUCCCAUGCUCCUCCUGAUCCUCUGGGAGGACAUGCUAUCUGGCAAGUUGUCCUGAUUGCUUUCCUCACUGGCAUUCUGGCCCUUGUCACCAUCAUUGGAAACAUCUUGGUGAUCGUGGCGUUUAAAGUCAAUAAGCAGCUAAAAACGGUUAACAACUACUUUUUGUUGAGUCUUGCUUGUGCAGACCUGAUAAUUGGUAUUAUUUCCAUGAACCUUUUCACCACAUAUAUAAUCAUGGGCCGCUGGGCUUUGGGAAGCUUGGCCUGUGAUCUAUGGCUUUGCAUUGACUAUGUGGCAAGCAAUGCUUCUGUCAUGAAUCUGCUGGUCAUCAGUUUUGACAGAUAUUUCUCCAUCACGAGGCCACUUACCUAUAGAGCUAAACGAACAACGAGAAGGGCUGCAGUGAUGAUUGGCUUAGCUUGGGUCAUCUCGUUCAUCCUUUGGGCUCCUGCUAUUCUGUUCUGGCAAUAUUUUGUUGGGGAGCGGACCGUCAAAGAGGGUGAAUGUUAUAUCCAGUUCCUAAAUCAACCUGUCCUCACUUUUGGCACUGCCAUAGCUGCCUUUUAUUUGCCGGUUACUAUUAUGAGUAUCUUGUACUGGAGGAUAUACAAGGAGACAGAGAAACGUACCAAAGAGUUAGCAGGACUCCAGGCUUCUGGGAGCGAGGCUGAGGCAGCGUGCUUUGUCAAUCAAACAGGAAGUUCUAGAAGCUGCAGCAGUUAUGAACUGCAGCAGCAGAACACAAAACGUACCAAACGAAGAAAAUAUGGGGGCUGCAACUUCUGGAUGACAUCCAAGAGCUGGAAACCCAGUUCAGAUCAGGUGGAUCAGGAGCAUAGCAGCAGCGACAGCUGGAACAACAAUGAUGGCAACGCAUCCCUUGAGAACUCUGCCUCUUCUGAUGAAGAUGACAUUGCCUCGGACACGCGAGCCAUCUACUCCAUUGUACUAAAACUUCCAGGACAUAAUACAAUUCUCAAUUCUGCAAAACUGCCUUCAUCAGAAGAUCUGCCUGGGUCAGAAGACGAACUGCAGAAGUUGGACACAGAGUCAAAGGAGCAGAAACCAAAAAGGCUUCAUCCACAAAAGGGCACGGAUGAUGGGAAUUUACAGAAAUGCUUUCCCAAGCUUCCAGUUCAACAAGCAUCUGCAGGAUAUGCAGGAAAGGCUUCAGACUGCAAUUCCACAGGGAUGAAGGCACCUAAUGCCUUACCUUUGUCAUUCAAGGAAGCCACCCUGGCCAAGAAGUUCGCCUUGAAGACAAGAAGUCAGAUCACCAAACGAAAGCGAAUGUCACUUAUCAAAGAAAAGAAAGCUGCACAGACACUUAGCGCCAUUUUGUUUGCCUUCAUUAUCACCUGGACCCCAUAUAAUAUCAUGGUCCUGGUAAACACUUUUUGUAACUGUAUCCCAAAAACAUUUUGGAACCUGGGGUAUUGGCUUUGCUACAUCAAUAGUACAGUGAACCCUAUGUGCUAUGCACUGUGUAAUAAAACUUUCAGAACCACAUUCAAGAUGUUACUGCUCUGUCAGUGUGACAAACGUAAACGACGUAGGCAACAAUAUCAGCAGAGACCAUCAGUCAUUUUUCAAAAGCGGAUUCCACGGGAAACUUCAUAGAAUAGUAUUUUUUAACCACAAUAAUAAACAUUAAAGGGAGGGUGGUUGCUGGAGCCAGCUACAUAUCUUCAAAGAUGUGAAAGUAGCAGCCUGGUGUAUGUAUCCUUUUAAUACUUCCUGUAUACUGUAACAGUUGAAGCCACAUAAAGCAAAAACAAAUUACAAAUGUAUUUAUUAAAGAACAAUCGGAUAUCUGAAAGUUUAUCUACACAAUUCCAAAAAGCUGCAUACAAAACUAUGAGUGAUCUAGUCAGUCCUGCACUUGUUAAUCCAUUCUGGGAUCUCAGGAGAGCACACACGUAGCUAGCCCACUCCCAAUAUGUUUUUCUGAUAAAUCUGGUAGGAUCCAAUAUGUCACCAAUUGGACUGAUCUAUUUCAAAAUGUGGGUAUAUGUGUGUUCUGAAUACUGUACAAAUGUCCCAAACAUUUUAGAGCUUCCCAUCUUCUCCUUUUGUAAGUGUAAUGUCAAUUUGUUGACUCAGUUUGUUAAAUAACCUGUGCAGGAACAUCCCAUGCACUCAGCACUUGCUGUCUGUUUACAGGAAAGGUAAGGUCUUGUCUUUCUCAGCAGUAAUUACCAUCACUACGAGAUGUGAGCAGCACAAGGGGCCUUGAAAACAGUUUUUCAGAACUUGUUUAUAUUGUAUUGAUUUGGGCAAUCUUAAAAUUGUAACUCCACAAAAUAAUUUUAUGUACAACAGUGAAGAAUUUCCAAAGGGUGCAUGUUAUCCCUAUACAUUCAAGCAGAAGAACUGAGUAUGUAUAUUUUUCAAGUAGAGAUAUCCUUUAAACAUUUAAAAUAUUGUUUGAACUGGAGAAGUGCGGCCACAUGCAGAAGGCAGAAUCCGUACAAGAAGUUCAUCUUCAUGAGAAACUGAGUACAGGAUUGCUUUAAAUGUGAGGGUCGAAGAGGGACUCAGCUUUUCAGUGCAGUACCCAGUGUAGCCCUGGGAAUCUCUUAAAUUGUAGAAAAACCGGAACAGAAAGUCUCAUCCUUUCUACAAAUUUGGCGGAGGGGAGGGAGAGAGACAGAGAGAAAAAGAAAGCCCCAGAAAGAGGCUUAAGAACAGUGUCAGCAAAAAGUCAGGUCCGUGUUUAUUCUGUGUUUUUGUUGAAGCGUACAACAAGGACAAAGAAUCUAUGGAAUAAGCACAUUACUUCUUCCCAGCUGUCUGCAUCAGGCAUGCUCCCAAGGAGAAUGCACCAGAGUCUUGUCUCUAUUUUCUGUACAUUGAAAGGCAUUUUAGACAUGGGAUAAAUAACUGUAUUUUUUUAAAAUAACGAAAUGGCACUUUCAAUAAUGCUUGUCGAUUUUGAAAGCUUCUGUUAUUAUUAUUGCUGUUUUUGUUCCAAACAGUAGUGGAAAUUUCCAGUUUGUGCAGUACAAUGUCCCAAGUGAAUGUAAAGUUGUUUGCCAAUUCAAAUAGCUAAGCACCUUCUCAGAAAGACAAAAAAAAAAAAAGGGCUGUAAAGUAGCUGAGACACAAGCAGUGAUCCCUCUUAUUUAUCAAUUCAGUCAGUUCAGCAGAGCUUAGACAUGAUCCCCCGUCCCUCCCUGCUCUUAGCAACUCCGGUUGGUUCAUUCAGGGCUGUGUGCACAGGAAAUGUUCCAGAGGGGUCUAUGCCUCUGCUGUACUUUGUAAAAGUCAAGACAUGCCGGAGGAAAGAACUGUACUUUAAGCAAUUGUUUCGGAUUUAUUUACAUUUUAAAAAAAGCAAUUUUGUAUAUUACAUUUUCAAUCAACCAAGAGUUUUAUGGGGCUUCUCCCCACCUUUUUUUCGUUUUUGAUCUGACAAUUAAAAAAAAAAAAGCAACUUCCUUUAUGAAAAGAGGACUUAGUGUUGUGAACACGGAACUGGUAUAAAAGCUGCUUUUGUAUUCAGUGUGAGAUGGUGUUUACAGGUGAUUUUGACAACAGUGGAAGUAUAUUAAAUAGUGUCUGUGUAUCUGAGCUAUUUAAUUUUGUGAUCUAUUAAUAUGAAGAAAUAUUUAUAUACAUGAAAUGCCACCGAAAUGUUUUAUUUUAAUGUUGAUAAAUAUUGCUCUUUGGUCUUCAACUGUAAUGUCCUUUUCAAGCAGAUCAUAAAAGUGUUCUUGAAACAUGAACACAGUUUCCAAGUUUGUGUAUCACAGAUUGUGGUAGGUUACAUUUAUGCACAUUGAAAAGAUUCUUGAUGGGCAACAUACCCUCUCAAAAUCCUUUGCAAACCCAGGCAAGCAUUCUUUCUAAGAUUCAAAAAUGGGGUUGGGGGUUGGAGAGGAGGGAAGGAAUGUUAGAAACCUGCAUGUCAUAGAACUGGGCAUGGGAUGAACGAUAUCCAAAGGGAAUGUCUAGGGUAAUGAAUUAGAAUUGCCACCUCUUCCUCUGACUUGAGUUCUUGUAUUUCUAAGGGUUUCAGAACAUUGAAUUCUGAAUUUAGAUUCCAAAUUUAGAUUCCUAAAGUGGUUGCUUUUCCCAGAAGCAACUUUGGGCAAGGGAAGACCUGCACUCAAUUUUAGCCAAUGACAUUUCAUUGGCACAAGACGGGCCUAGUUGUUUUAAAAAGCACCACUUCGAACAGCACUCUGUGGAAAGUCAAGUGUAACUAUUGAGAAAUAAAUGGGGACAGCUUUGUACAGUUUAGAAGAAGGGGGGCGGGAAAUGCAUGUAUGUUUUUAACCGACAUGCUAUAUAAGGUAUUCAGGCACCCAGCACCUGUAAGGUGCUCAAAACAAUGUUUGUCUAAAAAGCCAAGUAUUUCAAACAGUAUAUUUUUAAAAGUAAAAAAAAGACUUUGUAAAGAAGGAAUUCAGAGCAGAGAUGAAUCUCUGUUGUUUUAAACUUUGAACCAAUAAUGAUAUCUCUUCCCUUUGGUUUGGCAGCCCUAUGUCUUACUUGUGAAUAAACAUCAGAUUGUUUCAGAGAAUAACUGCAUAUUGAGAGAUGCAACAUCAUAGUAUUGAGCAUUUACAACUAUGCACAUUUCUGUUUUGAGCAGCACAACACAGUUGGGGAAUCCCCAGGAAAAACUCAAUCAAAAUACAGAUUCUGAUUUUAUUUGCUGCUGUGCUGAUUGUCACUCACUUUCUAGGUGCUCAUUUGAGCCCUGGACAUCUGCUGUGAGGGGCAGACAAGAAGAUCUGCUGAUUACAGCAUGCCUGGAUUAAAGAGAUAGCACUUUCUUACACCCUAUUCCUGAAUUCCAUUCUCCUGAUUAACCACUAAAUCUAACUCUUCUUCCAAGAUCCUGAAACCCAAAUGAAGUUUGAGGUCUGUCUAAAACAAAAAGCAAGGGUGCUAAUUCACUGAGGCUUGUACAAGCUGUAACACUCCUAAAAAUUGAAUGUAGAAAAAUUAAAACUCCUAUCUCCCAAGGUCUGUAAUCCAUUGAAUGCGGAAACUAUAAGAUUUUAACUCUUGGAUCGUUCCACCAGUAUCAACUAAGAGGCCAUGCCUUGACUCCCUCCAUGACUCCUUCUAGGUCCUUAGGACAUUUUUAUUUACAGUUUCUGAAAAAUUUACCUAUCUUUCACAGUUCAGUUGAGUUAAAAAUGUAUUUCAACACUAUACUACAUUCUUUCUCUCUCUCUCAUUCUCUUUUUCGCUUUCUCUCUCUGUCUCUCUCGGGUAAGUGCAAUUUCAUCUAAUAAUUUGAGAGUCACGCUGUGACAAGGAUGCUAUCUUGCAUUGUAUUAAUUUCAUGAUAAAAUAUAUAUUUUUAAAUAAAAAGUUCGCCUUGUGGCGAAAGCAAAAUGUCACCAUUGUUUACACAAAAAAAAUAAAUUAGGAAUUGCUUAGUGUUUGAUACAUAAUCAGCUUCUUAGAUGUCACUGAUACUUGUAGGGCAGACAUAUAAUGUUCACAGGCUUUUUGACAGAUGAAUGUAAUGCUGAAUACUUUUUUUGUCUGUACCUGGGUAUAUGUGUAUGUAUAGCUGCACACAUGGAUAUGGAGAUACAUAGGAAAACAAUAAUUAAUCUAUGGAUGGCACAGGUAGGUUGAGUUACAAUGCAACUGUUUGCUCGGAGAGAACCAAUAUCCAUAAACAACUCCCAAGCACCAAAUGAGUUAACAGAGAAUGUGGCUUAGAAAAAAGUUACUUCUGAGAUACAACCUGAUGCUAAUAAUAUUUGGAAGCAUUCUACAGAGACAUUUAUAGUGUCUAAAAGAAUAUCCCUUAAUGGAUCAACCUUUUUUCCCUUCCCUCUAGGCCAUGGAUGUCAAACUCGCAGCAUCACAGCGGCGUCACAUGACCUAAUGGAUUUUUUUUCCCUUCGCUAAACCGGGCGGGAUCAGGGCCAGCACAUGACGCAUCCAGCCCGUGGGCCACGAGUUUGACACCCCUGCUCUAGGCCUUCCUUGUACUCUGUUAAUUAUCGUAGUGAUAGUGUUGAUGGACUCCCUCAGUUAAUAAGAGUGCUGGUGGAAAACUCACAUUGAGACAAGGAUGACUUUUCCAUACAAGACCAGACCGAGGAACCUUAGCAUGACUGAUAAUGGCAUUAUGGAUUAAAGUAUCAGAAAGCAUGAACCUGCAGGAAUGUACACUAGUCACAUUAUCACUUAUAGCAGUUAUGGUGAACCUUUUUGUCACCGAGUGCCCAAACCGGAGCGUGUGCCACAGCCCCGGAAAGUCAAAGACCAGCUGGCUGGCGCACACAUCCACGCGCCAGCCACCUGGUCGUCUGGUUUCUGGCAUGUCAGCCAGCUGGUCUUCACGUGUGCCAGAGCACCAGAAACCCAAAAACCAGGUGACUGGGGCUUUAGCACGCAUGAAGAUCAGCUGCAGGUGUGCAUGCGAGUGCCGGAAACCAGAAGAGUAGCUGGCGAUGGCACAUGUGCCCACAGAGAGGGCUCUGCAUGCUACCUCUGGCACAUAUAGGACCUAUAGGUAUACUGACAGAAUUUGUGAAUUACUGUUUAACUGAGGAGACUAAAACAGAAUUAUAAAGGCCAUUUACAAAAGAUCAGAGCUUUUUUCCCCCCUUCAUUGUUCUUCACUUGACUUCUCCCAAAGAACCUACCAAAGGUGUUAUGCUACAGUGGCCAUCAAGUCAGAGAUCAUUUUCAUCCUUCAGCUGAAAAUAUGCAGGUGUUGAGGUUGAUAACCCGGUCUCUUGAAGGGCUUCUGGAGUAAAAAAAUAGCAUAACACUUCUUGUAGCUCUUUUAGCAAAACAUACUUUUGUUUACCAAAACAGGCUUAGGGAGCUCCUCAUCAGGAAGCAGACAUCACAUCACCACUCUCCUGCCAACAUUAAUCCAUGAACACCUGCAGCAAAAACAAUUCAUGUCCCAGUUUUGAGUUCUAUAAAAGCCAAGGUCCUGCAUUAUCAUGCUUUCUGUUAAAGGUCUACGGAGAUUCUCAGUCAUCCAGGUCAUGGUUGUCCCAAGGUACUUUUUUCAAGAGGCAACUGGACUUUCUGGUUUUCUUUGAAGAUGUUUAGCGUCUCAUCCAAGAAGCUUCUUUAGCUCUGUCUAAGUGGAUGGAAGAAUUGAAUGAAAUGAAUGAAUGAAAUCCUUCCAUUCCCCACCAUCCAGUCAGAGCUGAAGAAGCUUCUUAGAUGACAAAACAUCUUCAAAGAAAAACAAGAAAGUCCAGUUGACUCUUGAAAAAAAGCAUCUUUGAGAUGUUUUCUGCUGAAAGCAUGAACUUUGGCAAGAAGGAGGGUUACUGGAGCAAGGUCAGCAGACCUGCAGGGAUUUAUGCAGAAUUCUCAGGUUAAGCACUCUGAAUUUCUGACUAUGCCAUUCUAUCCUUUGUUUCAAAAGACAACAUUAGAUAUUAUUUCUAUGUAAUUCCUUUAGAAAGAAACACAGGAUGAAAAUUUGUAAUAACAGUUGUUAUGUCAGGGCAAAAAAACUCUCCUGCCAUUUGUUUGAUAGUGUCUUUCUCCACUCCACAUUCACACAAUGCACUGAAGAAGAGUGAGGCAAUGUACUUUAGCCUUACUCCCACUCUUUCUCCUCCUCCUCCUCUUGAAGCCACACAUUUAUGUGGUGUUCUUCACAGAUUCAGAUAACUGCACUUCAGGAUAUCUGCAUGUGUUUGAUAAGCUCAACAUGUCAGAUUCCAAAUUAUGAAAAAAAAAAAUUGACAGCAUUCAGCAAGAAAUGUGAAACUUUUUUUUCAGAACAUAGCUUUUAAGACAUGCAAAGCUUGCAGGAGAGCCAGUUGAUAAAGUAACCCCAUUGGCUCCCUGAAUACUACAACCAAGUUCAAAUUGAUACUAUGGAUUUAAGUUAAAGGUAAAGAUUCCCUUGAGUGAGGUUUAACUCUAGUGAUCACAGAGGCAGUUAACUUAUUUUGGUUUAUUUAUUUAUUUAUUUAUUAAAUUUUUAUACCACCCCCUCUCCCGAAGGACUCAGGGCGGUGAACAGCCAAAAUUAAAAAACAUACAAUAUAAACAUUAAAAUACUAUAAAAACGAAAUUAAAUUUAUCUUUGGCUUCCCCCCAAUUUAAAACCCCUUACCCAUAAAAUUCACCGAUUAAAAGAUUUUUAACCCAGCCCGGCUUGCUGAAAUAAAAAAGUCUUCAGAGCCCGGGGGAAGGUAUGGUUGACAUCAUAAAAAUUUGGCACCUUGUUUUUCCAGAAUGCCUUUUUAAAAACUUUCCAGACCUGGAGUUCCUUGAUGGAUUCUCUUUAAUUACUCAAUAUGCCCCAAGUUGCUUAAUUUUGAAUCUAGACAAGGUGGACAACCUGUCAGACAAGGCUCAGGUGCUUCCACCUGCUGAGAAAGCCUUUAAAGAACAUGAGACCAAAUUAAUUUCCAAAACACCUCAGCUCAGCAGGUACAACAAGUACCUGUUCUCUGUAUAGAAGUAACUCAUGCUGUAGUCUUCCUGCCAUAUGGAACUACCUCCCCUCUCCAAUGUGCUACAAUAAACACUGGUACUUAAAAGUAUAUUUUAAAAUUCUUAGCACACAUUGUUAAAACUGCUUCAAGGUUUUUUGAUAAUGUUCAAAUGCAUAAAUAAAAAAACAACAGGAAGAAUUAGCUAUUGCUGUGAGAACAGCAGUCAGCAAUAUAUCUUUGCUUAGUUUACAUUUAGAAUUAAAUAUAUAGGUAGUCCUCAACUUAUGACCACAAAAACCUAUGAGCCCAAAAUUUGUUAAGUGAGUUUUGCCCCAUUUUACGACUUUUCUUGCCACAGUUAUUAAAUGAAUCACUGCAGUUGUUAUGUUAGUAACAUGGUUGUUAAGUGAAUCUGAUUCCCCCAUUGUCUUUGCUUAGCCAGAAGGUCACAACACCUUCACUGCAACUGUCAUAAAUAUGAACCAGUUGUCAAGCAUCUGAAUGUAAAUCACGUGACCAUGGGGAUGCUGCAAGGAUCAUAAGUGUGAAAAAUGAUCAUAAGUCACCUUUUUCACUUCCAUUGUAACUUCAAAUGGUCACUAAAUGAACUGUUGUAAGUCAAGGACUAUUUACAAAUGCUGAAGAAUCUUGUAAAUUACAGCUCUCACAUUUUUAGCCUUUUAAUAAUUCAAAUCCUUCCGGUGCUUCAGUCAUUUAGCUUAAGAUCCAACCAUCUCUAAAGGCUAACCCUUGGUGUUGAAUGCUAUUAAAAUUGUAUCAAUAUUCUAUUUUAGAACAUUUGAGUUGUAAAAGGCAACCACAUUUCCUAUGAUAUUAAUCAAAGCAUACAUUUAAAAUACAUAAAUCUGAAGGGGAAAUGAAAUUCUUCUCAAUAUCACUGAAAACAUAAAUGGAGUGAAUCUUUUCAGCUCAGCUCUAUACAGAAUACUGAGAUUUAAUUGUACCAAUUAGCCUAAGAAAUAAAUAUGUGUAAAAUUAAUCAGUAGAAUCUAUUAAUGUAGUCAAUAAAAGUCAAUGCCAGCUUUAUGUCACUAAAUCAAUCAAAGUUACUGAAAGUAUAGGGAUAGGAUAAUGAAAAAUCCUCACUUUCUUGCCUCAUAAAUUUCUUUUCAGAUUUGAAAUGCUAAAAUAAAGUACCUCUAUGGGAAAUGUUCCUAUGGGAUGCUUAGCCAACAAAAUCUGCUUUAUUUCAGAACACAUAGCUUAAACAUCUUAUGAGUCUUUGGUUUUGCACUUUAUAAAGCAUUGCAGUUUCUCAAAUCAAUAAUUUCCUUACAGUCAGGAAAGAUUAAUAGUUAAUAAAAGGGAGAUUAUGGCAAUAUUACUGUAUCUUGUUCUCACAGGCUGACAGAAUAAUUUUCAGAUAAAUAUUUUUGCUAGAGUCAUGUCACAGCAAAUAGUCACAGCAAAAAGUAUACUUUUUCUGGAAUGUUUCUUGACUUCAAGAAACAUUCAUUUUAUUAAUUUCUAUUUGAUCAAUGUUUAGUGUGCAUCUAUCUGAUUAACCACUGACUUCAAGAUCCAGGUGCUGAAUGCAAUUUAAGGGCUUAUAAUGUAUUCCCAAACUUUUUUAUUUAUUUAGUGAGAUGGUAAAUUUGGAUGCUGUUAAUACGUUUUAAGGACUGUAAAGUUGGCAGGUGAGAUGUAGCUCAAAUAGAUAUGAAUAGUAUUUUCAUGGUUUUUUUCUGCUUCAAAUACUGAAGGCACAAUCCUGUAUUUUGCAAAUGCAGAAAAAUUGAUUUCUCUCUUUUAAUGGCACAGUUGAAGAUUUGAGCAUAGUUAGGACCAGUGAUUGAACGUGGCUAGGUAGUACAGCAGCAGGGGCUCACCUGGUCACAAGGACAGCUACCUAGUCAGCAGCUCAUUACCAAAGAGGGAGGGCUGAGACAGCAGUUUGGAGACAGACCCCAGCACAUGAAGGAUGGAGGCAAAGAGCAUGUAUUCCUAAUCUGAAUACAGUGUAUCUAAUUCAGGUUGCUUUCCACAGUGAGAGUGUAAAAUAUGAACAAUGUUCCUUCAGCUCUUCUCUUUUAAAAUUUAUUUCCCAAACCCUGGGCCAAGACCUAUAUAAUUCGAAUUAUCCCCUUAGGACUGGAGCUAGACUUGUUAAAAAUUAGGUUAUUGACUACUCUAAGUGUGUUUUAAUCCACACCUUCAGCUGUUUUGAUCUUAUUCUUGCUGUUUCUCUCUUCUGUAGCUACAGAACACUUUCACCUCCAUGUCUCUAUUCAUAGGGAACUGCAGCCAAAACCAGUUCCAUCACAGACAUCUUUGUAUUUAUAGCUGUGCCAAUGGAUCACUUUUCUACUUUCAGGAAUUAGGUGUUGAAGUAAAAACCUCCAACAUAAUGAGCCACAUAGUUUUGUUGCAUGGAGGGCAAAUGGCAGAAUGCCAAUGCUGAAAAUAGCCUAUCAAAAUAUAAAGGUAAGGGUAGGAGUAGAGAGCACAUAAUGGAGACAGAGGGAUGUCCAGCAAAUGCCUAUCCAGAGUUUGCAAUCAGAAUAUUUCAGAAGUUGCUUAAAACACAUAAAUUGUCCUUUGAAUAUUUUGCAGUAAAAAGCAUGUUUUCCAAUCAAUAGAAGCACAAUUUGCAAGCCUACAGCAGUGUUUUUCAGCCUUGGCAACUUUAAGAUGUGCAGACUUCAACUCCCAGAAUUCCCCAGCCAACACGGGUUGCCAAGGUUAAGACACACUGCUAUAGCAUGUGCUAAUAGCAACUAUUUCCAAGUGUGCAUUUUAUACAUGACAAAACCAGUUCUGAGGAGCUCAACCUGAAUAACAUAUCCCAGUUAAUAAACAAAGGAUUAAGUUAUGCAAGUCACAAUGCCCUUCCUCAAUCAAACUUCCAAUAAGCAAAUGUAGAAAUGCUGUAAAAACCUAUCGGAUUAGAUCGUAUUUAUAUAAUGUGAAUAAAUGUUUUAAAAAUAUGUUUCAUGGAGAAACAGCCCUUGUAACCUGUUUUGUGCCCUCAGGGAUACCCAUCCGGUACUCAAAUGCAGUAUAACAGACUACACUUCACUUAUUCUACUUAAAACAUCUGUGUGUAUCAGAUUAAACAAUGACAAAACUGUAUAUAAUGUGAUUGAAAUUGUAUGAAUAUUUUUCAAGUCUUCAGGAUAGUUGAAGUUUUAACUUAUUUGAGUUGCAAUUUCUUCCUUUUUUGAAAUUUUGUAUACCUUGUUAAAUAUUGUGCCACUGUAACUUAUUUUUGUUGCCAUAUACUGACACAUGCUCAUUUCUAUAUGAAGUGUAUUGAUUAUUAAUUGCUUCAGAGGCAGCAAUAAAACACUAUUACAACG